GCUCCCCAGCUUGUAGCAGCUAUUCAAUUCGGAACAACGUAUUUUGGAUGUGCUCAUUCAUUCACACACGAAUUCGAAAGUGAUCCGUGUAAGAUAUCCGUAAACACAUGGCAUGGAGGAGGUCUAACGCUACCUUCAACAGCUCCUACGUGUGUUUUAAUAAAACCCGACGGUAAAACCCUCGAAGCUUUUGGAUUCGAUGCAGAGUAUAAAUACAGUGAACUGAGUGAAGACGAUAGCCACAAACAAUGGUACUUCUUUCAAAGACCUAAGCUGAUGCUAUUGAACAAGCCGAUACACAAAGACACAAUAAUUGAUGACGAAUGUGGCAAACCACUUCCUGCACUCAGAGUGUUCUCAUUGGCGAUCAGAUACAUUGUAGACGACGCACAUAAAAAAGUUAAUGCACGGUUUAGAGAUUUCAAUCUGCAAGGCAUCCAUUGGGUUCUGACUGUUCCUGCGAUAUGGAAUGAUGCAGAGAAAGAUUUCAUGAGGCUUGCUGCUCAAGAGGCAGGGCUAUCAAUGACGCAGAUCACUAUAGUGGUAGAGCCAGUGGCAGCAUCAUUUUUCUGUAAAGAGGAUUGGGGACAAGAAAAGGAUCGGGGACAAGAUGAAAGAUUCUUAUUUCUACCAGGAUACAAAUUCCUGGUCCUCGAUGCAGAUCAUACAGUUGAUAUCGCGGUAUAUAAGGUUUGUUUUGGUGGAAAAUUAAAAGAAGUCUUCAAAGCUACUGGUGGAUCCUGUGGAUGGGCAAUGGUGGAUAAAGCUUUCGAAGAUUUCCUUGCAGAGUUUACAGGAAAGGAACUAUUCAAACGUUUUAAGAAGGAGUACAUGGACGAUUAUAAAUAUAUGAUAAUGGCACAUUUCGAGCGCAGUAGACGAUCGUUCGGUAUAUAUUCAACGACAAAAUACAGUAUAAAAAUGCCGCCGUCUCUAAUGGACCUUGUCAACGCUACCACUAGGAAGACCUUUCAAGAACUCAUCGAGGGUUCUAGAUACACGGAUCAUGUUAAACUAUUUGGGGGCCGUCUUCGUGUGGACGCCAGCAUCGUUCAUUCAUUCUUUAAACAUUCAAUAGACAGAAUACAUACUUUACUUGCCGCUGCAUUGCGACAGUGUGAAACAUCAGCACGUGUUGACACAAUACUAAUGGUAGGAAGCUACUCGGAGUCACCUAUUCUCCAGGGACAAAUCAAGGAGAAAUUCACAGGAAUGAAAGUCAUCGUUCCAUCUGACGCUUUUUGUGCUGUCCUGAAAGGUGCUGUCAUAUUCGGACACCGUCCGAUUGAUGUCUCUUAUAUUAAGACAAGUGAACCUCAGCGACCCUCCUGGUCUGCAAUGCCUUCAAAUUGGGAACCGAUGAAACCAGACGAGAUUUUCAGACAAGUUCGCCUUCCAAACACUGCAGACGAGUUCCAAAGUGUUUUGAGUAAUUUUAUUGAAACACUCAACAACCGAGAAAUAUUUACCAUACAUAGAAUCCAGAGUAAAUUUCUAUGGGAGCAUUAUUGCGUGAAAAAGAAGGAAAUGGAACAAAUGAACGGCAUGGACGGUGCAGAAGAGAAGAUCCUUUUUCAUGGAACAAAGCAAGAUAUCAUUGAAAGUAUAUGCGCUGAAAACCUCGAUAUGCACCUUGCAGGAUCAAAUCAGGGUGCAAUAUAUGGUCACGGCACAUAUUUUGCAACUGCUGCUAAGAUGUCGAAUCAUUAUACAACGCCAGAUCCCAAAAGUGGUCAUAGGUACAUGUUGCAAUGUCGGGUUCUUGUCGGAAAGUGGACAAAGGGGCAGACGGAUCUUAAACGUCCACCAGAAAUUGCAGAGUCUGCGUCAGAUGGUUAUCGUAAGCGUUAUAACAGUUGUGUGGACAAUGUUCUGAAACCUAGCAUAUUCUGCAUAUUUGAUCACGUCCAGUACUACCCAGAGUAUGUUAUAGAAUACGAAUAGAUAAUAUGGAAGUGAACUGCACACUUGUUCAAAUAUUUCUUAAUGAAAGAGGUAACUUCUUCAUUUAUAAGAAAUGUUCCAAAAAUAGAAUAUUCGAUAAUUUCGCUGAUCAAUAUAUAAGCAAGACAAA